AUGCGCGGAGCCGCCAUGGAGUCGGAGGGUCCGUCUGAGCCGGGUUUCGUGGGCAUCCGCUUCUGCCAGGAGUGCAACAACAUGCUGUACCCCAAGGAGGACAAGGAGAGCCGCGUGCUGCUUUAUGCGUGCCGCAACUGCGACUACCAGCAGGAGGCCGACAGCAGCUGCAUCUACGUCAACAAGAUCACGCACGAAGUGGAUGAGCUCACGCAGAUCAUCGCUGAUGUCUCCCAGGACCCUACACUGCCGCGCACUGAGGACCACCCCUGCCAGAAGUGCGGGCACAAGGAGGCUGUUUUCUUCCAGUCGCACAGUGCAAGAGCUGAGGAUGCCAUGAGGCUCUACUAUGUCUGCACAGCUCCGCAUUGUGGCCACCGCUGGACCGAGUGACAGCUGUGUCCCUGAGUCUGGCUGUUACCCCCAGAAUGCUGUUGACUCCUGUACAACCCCUUCCACCUGCCAAAUUCCUUCUCUGUACCUGCCAGGAUGGCAUUUUCAUACAAAAAAUGGUUGACUUUUG